AUGGCAAUAGUAGAUCCUAGGGAGAGUAAAUCACAAAGGCAUAUAAGGAGGUUGGUUCAGAAGGGGCAGGAGAAAAUCUCCAGAGCAUCCAGGGUAAUAAUCGGCGUUAGCAACGUUGCCGACUUCAUCCUGUCCGCUAAGAAGAUAGUCGACGUCGCAGGGGUUUGCCUCGGGCUGCACUAUUACGCCUUAACCGAACAUCUCCUGGACGACAAUACCAUAGCCGCCGGUAACGAGUUCCAGGCCGUCUUACGCCAGCUGGAGGAGAGGGUCGUCGAGCUCUACAAAGCUCUUCUCCAGUACCAGACAAAGAGCGUUUAUUCUUACUAUCGUAACCAAGGCGUCGUCUUCCUCCGCGGCCUCCUAACGUUGGAUGAUUAGGACGGUGAUCUGGACCACGUCACGAAC